UUUAUUUAUUUUUGUUAAUAAACCUGAACUUUUAUUUAUUUUCGCAUUAUUAGUUGCUCUGUUAAACAUGCUUGGUUUCUAUACACGGAUCUUGUCCAACUAUCCCAUAGCAACACAAGCUGGCACAACUGGGAUGUUAUUUGGUACUGGAGAUUUAAUAGCUCAAUUCCUGAUCGAACAUCAGAAUAAAGUUGUCGUAUCUCAUGAUCGGUUGAAAAGUACUGACACAAGCAUCGGCAUGCAAAGCUGGGAUAAGGCCAGGACUGCAAGAAUGAUGUUGUUUGGUACAUGUUUUGCAGGGCCAGUCCUGCAUCAAUGGUAUAAAUUUCUGGACAAAACCAUCCGUCUUUCCACGCCUGUUCAGUCUUUAUUAGGUCGUGUUGCUGUGGACCAGAUCUUUUUUGCGCCUUGUUUCAUUGCCUCGUUCUUUGUCGGUCAGGGCUUGCUGGCCGAUGAGGGCCAGCAAGUGAUUCUGAACAAGCUGAAAAAGGGAUAUCCCGAAGCCCUGAAGAGCAACUACAUGGUGUGGCCCGCGGUCCAAUGCCUAAACUUUUGGCUCGUACCCCUACAACACCGACUCAUGGUAGUUAACACAUUUGCCUUGGGUUGGAAUACAUAUCUCUCUCACGUUAACCAAACCACGCGUUCAUCUAUCCAUAAUGAGUGAUGCAAUAAAACAAUGAAAAGCAAC